AUGAGUAGUAGCAGUGAAGGUAGUAAAGGCAGGGGAAUGGGAUUCCUGUUUGUGUUCUUCCCGGAAGAUGAAACCGCCGGCGGCGGCGGCGCCCCCAUUAUAAGGAAGAGAGCCGUUAAUGCUCUGCUCCGUCGCUCCAAUUCCACCCACCUUCUCUCCACCGCCCAAUCCACCAUUUCUAUCUGCGCCCUUCUCAUCUUCAUCACUCUCCUCCUUUUUACUCUCUCCACCUUUGAACCCACCGCCGCUUCUUCCCACUUCCACCCCAGAAGACAGCUCUCUACUUCUUCUUCCAGAAAGGUUUCUUCGUCUUUCUGGCGUUCUGGGUCGCUGGAGCUAUGGAAAAAUUUGGCUUUCCAGCACGCAUUGCAGGGAAUGGGCACUCUGUACCGGAGAGGUACCAGGGCGAUGAAUGACCUUGUUGUAGCUCAUGCAGUUGAGUCACUCACUGUGCAUGAACUCAGGCUGUUCUUGCGGCUUUUGUUCCGGUCUGGGUUGUGCUCAAAAUCGGAUCUUUUGCUCAUUUUUCCGGCGAAGUCGGCGGCUUUCGACAGGGCGGUUGUGGAAGAGAGCGAGUCGUUCUUGAAACUCGUUCACGGCGCCGGGGAUAGAAACUCCACGAGUUUCGACUCGGCCCAGUUCAAGAUUUCGGUCAAGAAGGAGAGGGAAAGCGGGGAGCCAAUCUGGGGACGGAAAAGAAAAGGCAAUUCCAGCGAGGAAUUGGAAGGUGACGAUUCCGAGUCGACUCGGUUGUCGUACGGCUCGGUGGUGAGUUUCGACGUUGACGAGCUCGACCCGGAGAAUUCCUUGGCCGGGUUUCUCCACCAAGUCCCAAUGAGUCUAAGGAGAUGGGCUUGCUACCCUAUGCUACUCGGCCGACUCAGAAGAAAUUUCAAGCACUUCAUCUUAGUGGACGCAAAAGAGCUUCUCCUUCUGGGCGACCCACUGAGUCGACUCAGGAGCCGGAGCCCCGAGUCAGUCCACUUAUCAACCCUCACCACGCCGGCGCCGCCCAAUCACGGCCGGAAAACCCAGCCCUCCCACCAGAAACCCGUCAGCCCGGCAAUCGUAAUGGGCGGAUCAAGAGGGGUCCGGAGAUUAUCAAACGCGGUGCUAACGGAGAUCGUCCGGGCGGCAAUGCAACACAAGAAGAAGAACUCGAUCAACGAGUCGGGUCUCCUAAACCAACUCGUCGGCAACGAGUUCGUACUGAAGAACAUAAAUUUGAUCGUGUCGGCCGAGUCGAUACCGGAACUGAGUUCACUCACUGGGUUGAAUUCAAGAACAGGUUCUUCCUCAUCCACAUCAAAUUUAUCAUUGGUUAGGCGUGGCAGUAGUAAUGGUGAUGUGAGUUCUUCAAUUUUGAAAUAUUUAUGUUCAUUUUCUUUAGAUUCUGCUGUUUAUAGUGACUGUUAG